CGCGACUCGAACGCAACUCAGAUUGAAUAACGCACUUCAGUGAAUUCGUCUGUCUACUCUUUUCCCAGUACUAUUAGCAAGCUUGACGAACGGUGACGGCACUUAUCAGCAUGUCGGCAGCAGCCCAAAAGGUUUUGGUGGUAGGAGGGAAUGGUUUUCUGGGUUCGGCCGUUUGCAAGGCUGCUCUUGCUCGCGGAAUGGAUGUCACCAGUAUCAGUUCGUCGGGAAGACCAUAUCGUACUCCCAGAGGGCAUAGCCCUGCAUGGACAUCAAAAGUGAACUGGAGAAAAGCUGAUGCCCUACUCCCGGAAACGUACCGCGACCUUUUGUCCGGUGUUAGUGCUGUUGUACACACACUAGGAACGCUUCUCGAAGACCCGAAAUAUAAAGACGCGCUCGCCAGGAAUGAUUUGCUCAGUCUACUUGGAAACUUUGUGAGCACGGCCACUGGACAUAGAUAUGAUCCGUUGGAGGGAAGUCGGUGGAAAGAAGGGUAUGAAACUAUCAAUCGGGAUACUGCAUUGAUGGUGUGCAAGACGUUCCUGGAAAGCGAGGGACCCUCAUUAGCCCGUUCACCAGCCUUCGUCUAUGUGUCUGCUGAAGAUGUCUUUCGGCCGAUUGUGCCAGCUCGCUACAUUGAGACUAAGCGCGAGGCCGAGCAGGGAAUACAGGCUCUUGUGGCAAAGAGCCCCAGCUUACGAAGCAUUUACAUAAGACCAAGCUUGAUUUACCACCCCCACUAUCGACCGCUAACGUCACCUCUUGCUGCUCUGUUGGACUUCUCUGCAAAUGUGCACGCUGCCGUUCCAAAAAGCGUACCGACACCUUCCAGCAUUUUACGCGCCCUUGAUGCGCUCGCCCCAGCUUCACCUGACUCCUCAUUAUCAACGUCAUCGUUGCGCUCCAUGUCUAAUGCCCUCAUUGUCCCCCCCAUCCAUGUUGAGCACGUUGCGGGAGCCAUCUGCCGUGUCAUCGAUCCCGCCAGUGAUAUCAAAGGUGUUGUGGGUGUCGGGAAGAUGAGGGAACUAGUAGGGUGGUCCAACAAACAAGAGUCGCGACCUGUUUUUCACCCUUAGACCCUUCGCUAAUGUUGAAAGUCAACGUUAUAGAAGGGUCCUGAAUGGGGCGCACUGUUUCAUCUCUUAGAGCAAAAUACUCUAAUUUUGUAACCAGC